CCCCUUUAACUGCUGCAUUCGAUUAUAAACCCUAAAGAAUUUUCACUCUAUUUCUUUCCAAAACCCUAGACAGUACAGGGCCAAAAUGUCUUCCUCCAUCGCCCUACGCCAUGCCCGCCACCUCUGCACCACCACCGCAGCCGCCGCUACUGCUACCGCAGCCAAACUGUCCGGGCCCUUGUCCAUUUCCCAAACCAAAAGCAAACUAAGACACGAAUACGACCCGGACAUGGCCCUUCAAAUCUACUCCUCCUUUACAUCCUCCAAUAACCAUUCCUCCUCAACCUCUUCCGUUCGCUACGCCCAGGAGUUCACCGUCCGUCGUCUGGCCAAAUCCCACCGCUUCUCCGACAUUGAAUCAUUUCUUGAGUCCCACAAAACGCUUCCCCAAAUUACUGAAGAAGCCUUCCUUGCCUCCCUCAUUCGUUCCUAUGGCGUUGCAGGUAUGUUCGAGAAUGCCCUCAAAACGUUCGAUGAAAUGACCGAUCUGGGCACCCCUCGAUCAUCACUUUCCUUCAAUGCCUUACUUACUGCUUGUGUACAUUCCAAACUGUUUGAUCGUGUGCCCAGUUAUUUUAAUGAGAUUCCUGCGAAAUACGGGCUUUCUCCUGAUAAGUUCUCUUACGGUAUAUUGAUUAAAGCGUAUUGCGAGAUGGGGUCGCCUGAAAUGGCAAUAGAGAAGUUGAAUGAGAUGGAGGAGAAGGGGAUUGAGGUUACUCCGGUUACUUUUACCACAAUUUUACACGGGUUGUACAAGAAGGGAAGGAAUGAGGAGGCCGAGAGUUUUUGGGAUGAGAGAGUAACUAAAAAGGGUUGUAUUCCUGAUGUUGGGGCGUAUAAUGUGAGGCUUAUGCAUAUUCAUGGUGGGGAGGUAGAGGGGGUUAAGAAGCUAAUCGAUGAAAUGAGUAAUGCUGGGAUAAAACCUGAUGCUAUUAGUUAUAACUACUUGAUGACGAGCUAUUGUAAAAAUGGUAUGAUGGAUGAAGCAAAGAAGGUAUAUGAUGAGUUGGGGUCUAAAGGCUGUAAUCCAAAUACGACUACUUUCAGGACGUUGGUGUUUUAUUUGUGCGAGCAAGGGCGACACGUGACAGGGUAUAAGGUGUUUAAAGAGAGUGUGAAGUUGCACAAGAUUCCGGAUUUUAAUACUUUGAAGUAUUUAGCAGAAGGGCUGGCCAAGAAUGGACAUAAGAAUGAGGUGAAAGCAAUGAUUCGAACUAUGAAUAAGAAGUUUCCUCCUAAUAUGUUGAAGGCUUGGGGGAAGCUUGUGGAGGAUCUGGGCUUGGCUCCUAUUGACACUAACGAGGUCGAUUCUGGUGAGUCAGAAAUGGCCAGUACUUGAGUCUUUGUGUCUUAAAUUGGAAGAGUAUUGUACACUUUCGAGUAAGUUAGAUUGGAUUUUUGUGUAGUCACAAGACUUCAAGAUAAUGUUUUCUUAGCGCUGUUCCAUACAGUUUGACACCGCGAGCUAUAUGUGGAGCUCAUCAAUAUUUAUAAUGCAUCUCUUGAUAUUUAGAACAUCAAAGGCAUACGUGCUUUCAUUUUUAUGUUAAAUUGAUCUCAUCUUUCACAA